AGAGCUUGUCACGGUUAAAUGAGUCAUUUUAAGGCCAAAAUAUCUUGGGAAUUGUCUCUGAGAGUCGGAGGCCGUCAGAUCUUUUAUUUGAGCGGAGAAGUGGCCACAGCGAAUCAGUCAGUGAAUGAGGUGAGUUAGGUUUGCUUCAGGAUGAGUACGGUUACUGAUCCGACCAUUGAGGGAAACGUCCAGCAGCCUGAGGACAUGGACUUGACUUGCAACGUUUCUCCUGUCAGCACUUCACCCCAGCAGGCCGAACUGCCAGGCGGUGCCGAGCAGCAGACCAUGAGAGUGUACCUCAGAGUCAGGCCCUUCUCUAAAGAGGAACUCUCGGACAGUGAGGACCAGGAUUGUGUGGUGAUUGAAAAUAGCCAGACGGUGACACUGAAUGCCCCGCAGGGUUCUGCCACCAUGAAGAGCAGCGAGAAGGGCGUUGGCGUGUCACUCCACAGGUUCUCCUUCUCACAGAUUUUUGGACCUGAGACAACACAGGCUGAGCUAUUUGAGGACACAGUCAAAAGCCAACUGUCUGAUUUCCUGGGUGGAAGGAAUGCACUGAUAUUCAGCUACGGUGUGACCAAUGCCGGGAAAACCUUCACAAUCCAAGGAACCCCGAAAGAUCCGGGAAUACUCCCUCGAGUGCUGGAUGCCACUUUUCACCACAUCGGAGGCGACCAGUAUGAGGGGAUGGACCUGAAACCCUACCUCAGGAAUGAUGCCCAGUAUCUGGAUCCCGACCAAGUCAAGCAGGAGAGAAGUGCUAAAGCUGCCAUCUUUGCCUCAGUCAAAGAGGACUGGGAUCCUCCCAGAGCCAGCGGGGGUUCGGAGUCCUCGCCCUGUGCCGCCACCAGUCUGUCAUCCUCCUCUAGGUCCUGCAAUCAAACAGUGUUGUCCAACAGCCCACCAGAGGCGGGCAGCAGCCAGUUCGCCUUAUGGGUGGCGUUCUUUGAAAUCUACAACGAGUGUGUGUACGAUCUGCUUCAACCUAACCUGUGCUCAAAGUCCAAGAAGCGUGCCGCUCUUCGCGUAUGUGACGACGGUGCUGGAAAUGCUUAUGUUAAGGACCUCAGGUGGAUCAACAUCCAGAACCUGGGCGAAGCCUGCAAACUGUUGCAGUUUGGGAACAAAAACAGAAGUGCUGCAGCCACUAAGAUGAACCAGUCCUCAAGCAGAAGCCACAGCAUAUUUACCAUGAAGCUACUCAAGAUUGACGGCGGCGCAAUUAAAAGGAUCUCAGAGUUUUCUCUGUGUGACCUGGCUGGUUCAGAAAGAUGCAACAAAACCAAGACCUUCGGAGAGAGGCUGAAGGAGGCGGGAAACAUAAACAACUCCCUGCUCAUUCUGGGGAAGUGCAUCACUGCGCUUCGCAACAAUCAGAGCGACAGAAUGAAGAGCGGCUACAUUCCUUUCCGGGAGAGCAAACUCACCAAGCUCUUCCAGGCUGUUUUCUGCGGCAGAGGAAGAGCGUCAAUGAUUGUCAACAUUAACCAGUGCGCUUCCACGCAUGAUGAGACUCUCCACGUGAUGAAAUUCUCUGCCGUUGCCAAACAGGUGGUGCAGGUGAUCCCAGACAAGCCUCUGGAAUCUCUGGCUCCUUGUCUGGUCGGUCGUGAUGGCAAACCUCUGGCGAGGAAUGGGAUGAGUGACAACCAGGACCUGGAGAGCUGCCUGUCUGAAGAGGAGCUGCUUGACGAAGAGGACGAGGCCAACAUGUCUUUGCUGCCACAGAAUGAGCUUGUGAAUAUGAUCGAGAGCCUCCGAACAAAACUCCUGGCCGAGAGAAGAAGAAACCUGGUGCAGGAAAUGGAGAUUCGCAAGGAAAUGGGCGACGCUAUGAUACAGCAGCUCAUGGAGAGCGAAGAACUCCGCUCUCGACAGAUAGAAGAGCUGAAGGAGAGCUACCAAGAAAAGCUGGAGAACACGUUUGAGAUGUACAAGGAUGCUAUCAAAGAGCAUGCCUACCAGAGUGCUAUGAACAAUCUAGAAGACGACUAUGUGCCUCUGGAUGAGUUCAUUGCAGAACAGGAGAAAGUAGAGGUCCUCAGACGUAGAGUGUCAGAGUUGGAGACCUUAACGUCCAGUGCCAGAGGGGCAUCGGCAGCUCCAUCGGUGGACCGGUCCUGCCAGACUCAGCCAUCUAAAGCGCCAGAGGCUGCAGGGGAUGAUCGACACGCACGGCUUUACAGAGAGAAAUGUGCCGUCGAGAGGAUGUGUGAGGACAAACAGCAGCUGAUUUUGUCCCUGGAGAAAAGGCUGAUGGAGCUCAGUGAAACACUACAGAAGGUCAGAGAUGGCUUCCUGGAGAAAUCGGCUGAUCUGGAGGCUCUGCAGAGCAAGUCUGAAGACCAGACAAAAUCUAUGGAGGACAUCCUCCGGCAGAAUGUGGAGAAGGACGGGGAGAUCGCCUCACUAAAGGCCGAACUUGCCAAGCUCUCCCAGCAGUCCCCCGUGCAGCCCAAGACCAAGCGAGGCCUGCUCGCCAACAUCAGGGAGGCGGUUACUUCUCCGCGGAAAGGGGCGGCUGGCCGAACUUUCAAGAAAACGGUCCGGACCGCACACCACGGAAAAGAGAAACCAUAACAACUCCAGAGAAACGCCGAGAGUGACCCUCAUUUCUGAACUCUUUUAUCCUGGUAGUGUGUUUCUCGUGGUGGUCUUUUCUUUGUUUUUUAAAUGUUUCUAUGUUCGUUUUUAAUAAAAAUGUAAUCACUCAGA